AUGAAGCUCCAGCAUAUGGUGAUGGGCGCUCUGCCUCUCCUGCUGCUGGUGGGCUGCCUCAGUGCCCUGAGGACCUCUGGCAUCAACCUGCGCACAUUCAUCGGCUGUGCUGUGCGGGAGUUCACCUUCCUGGCCAAGAAGCCUGGCUGCAAGGGGCUGCGCAUCACCACGGACGCUUGCUGGGGCCGCUGCCACACGUGGGAGAAGCCAGUCCUGGAGCCACCUUACAUUGAGGCUUACCAUCGUGUUUGCACCUACAACGAGACCAAGAUGGUGACAGUGAAGCUGCCUAAAUGUGCCCCCAACGUGGACCCGUUUUACACGUACCCAGUGGCCAUCCGCUGCGACUGCGACGUCUGUUCCACAGCGACUACUGAAUGCGAGACCGCCUGA